AAAGUUAUGUUUGAUAAGGAGGAAAGAGCUAUUAACAGAGCAACAUCUGAAUGUCUAAUGAAGCUACUGUCUCCUCAGGUCACCGAUUCUUUAUUCUUCACCAUUCAACUCGCUUCUGACUCAGUAGUGAACUCGGUCUCUGUUUUUUCAUCUAAUGUUCACAUUUGUGCUGAAUGGUGGUGGCAAUCCCUUCAGCUUGGUUCCAAUGGUACUCUGUAUCAAAGUUCCAAGGGAUAUAAUUUUAAGUCAGCAGAAAUGCUUCCAAUUAAGAAGACUUCAGAAACAUUAAAUCCAUCAAACAGAGGUAGUACUGGAAAGGAAGGAGAAGCUAUAGCCAUUUUUAAAGAAUUGAUCAGAAAAGAAAGUAUGGAUGAACAUAACUCCUCACUGAUUCAAUUUCAUAUUAGAUUAUUGGCGUUGAUCCUUAAUGAUUUGAAGAAAGAGUCUCCAUCCUUAUCAACUAAGAAUGAAGCUAAUUCAUGGUUGAAACAUUUAGAGGAUUUGAUUAUGCAAUCAUAUCACCUAUUACAUAUUUCUCUUAUCAACGUUGUUAUGGAACUGCAUAAGCUCUGCUACCAUCCCUUUAUGUUUGAUGGACUUCAACCUGAUCUUAAUAUUAAUGAUGAAAAAGCUCCAUUUGACUAUUUGCUUGAAUCCUGUGGGAAGUUGCAACUGUUAGACAAGAUGAUGGUGAAACUGAAAGAGCAAGUCAUAGAGUCCUUAUAUAUUCAUAGAGUCCUUGAAGAUUACUGCUGUUACAGGGUGAUGAUUUAUAGGCUCAUAGCAAGAGGAACAAUUGAAGAAAGGAUGAUUCAGAUGACAAAGAAGAAUAUGGUGUUGGAACAGCUGGUUUUUCUGUGGUGAAUUAGGUAUUGGGAGAAUGCCCAAGAGGUUGCAAAGUUGGCUAAUUGGACAUGUCCGAAAUGUCGAGGCAUUUGCAACUGUAGUCUUUGACAUUGAGUUUUUUAAUCAGGCUCUUCAUAUUAAGAAAGAAGAAACUGAAGCCAUUUUUAAAGAAUUGAUGUAUGAAUGAAGAUAACUCCUCAUUGAUUCAAUUUCACAUUAGAUUGUUGGCAUUGAUAGUAAGCAAUUCGAAAAAAGAAUAAGUUAUUCCUUACAA